GCUGCUUUUCUCACUUCCUUUUCUCUUUCUAGGAGCGAUGUUUGAUCAUGAUACUACUAGAUAGAUUUUUCUGAACAUGGCACCCCUUCAACUUCUUGUGACCUACACUCACUCACUCUCUUCCUAGAAGAAACUUUCUUUCUCAAAAAUGGCAUUUUCGCUGCGCGGCCCCCUUUAUCAAUGGCCGACGGGUCGCACGGACCGCGUCACGUACGAUCGCCUUUGGGAUCGGGCGCUGCACUUUCCCGACGACCAGUUCGGUUUCUACUCGGUUGAUUUAGCCACGGGAACCUCGUCGUCGUCCACCAGUCCGUUCGGGGCACCAGGAGACCAACCAGCGGUGAUUGCGAGGAAAGCAGAUGGCGUGGAAAAAGAAUAUAUUUCCCUCGUGCCAAUCACCGAGGACAGCAACCUGGAGGUCGUUGCUGAUGCGAAGUUCGCACCUGACGACCAGCACAUUGCCUACGUGAUCGGGCACCAGGUAGAGAUGGUGUUCGGACAUGAUCUGCUGAUUCAUUUGAUUGGACGCUCUCGCCAUGCAUGAGAUAUUCGAAGAUUCAUGUUUGUUUCUCCACCAGAACUACAGUUUAGUUUUCCAAAAACCGCCCAUUCAUCUUUCACUAGGUUUACGUGACAAACCGCAACGACAUAGCGAACCGCGCACAGCCCAUGGCGCUAACGCAAAAGUGGUCCACCGAGUCGCACUACGAGGUUCUCUCGUUUUUCUGGAGCCCGACCGCCUCCAGUCUGGAGCUGAUCGCCGUAUCGACGUGCGGAAUAGAGAUCUUCAAAGUGAAGUCGAACAUCAAGUCUGCGCGCACCUACCAGACGCUGGCCAGGCGCGUCUGGGUGGAGCCGAAGGUUGGAUUGAUGGUCUGCUGCAUCGGCGCGCGGACGCUCCAACCCUUCGAUUUGCGACCCAAGCGGACCCCGCAGAAGCUGCCCAAGUUCGACCUGUACAUCGGGAAGAGCAAGGCCAUCGAGCACUUCGACGUGAAUGUGCUGACGCUGUACGGCGAAACUUAUUGCGUGCAUCUGGAUGUGUUGCACGGGAAGGUACUCAACUGUAGUGCAUAUCAUGACUGUUGCUAUAAUCCAGGUUUUUCUUUGUGAUUGUGCUGCUGAAGGAAAUUGAUAUCUACUACUGCCUCACCAAGAAACUACGAACACCAGGUGAGUCUCCGCAACAUCAGCGACGCCCGAAAAUCCACCCCGGAGAACGACAUCGUGUUGUCCGUCAUGCCCUACACGACGAUAGAUCUCGUCACCGCUGAGGGCACCGUGCCCGGUCAGGCCAGCUACUUUCUCGGCGACAAGCUACAGGACCCCGCGCCAGAGGGCGGAAUUGUUUCGGAGCCAACGCGCCCACCUAACGCAGAAGAAAAAAGCAACAUUCUUGCCGUCGCUGCAGCGAACAGCCCGGACGACUCCAAUCAGUUUCCCUCGGACACGGCCCGCGGGCCGCUGCGCAUUUCUGUGGUGGAGGAUCUCCUGGUCGUGCACAGGGUCGACCGCGGUUGGAGCUGGGUCUUCGACGUGCGCCUGCCGCAAUCGCAGGCGGUUGGCUUCUUCCGCUCUUUCGACGCGGCCUUCGAGUACUUGUCCAGCGACGUGGUGAUCGACCGGCCGAAGGGGAGCGUGUACAAGCUACAGGUGGAUGUGUGGAAGGUGAUGCGGUUCUUCGAGCAAAACUACUCGUUGUGCAAAAGCCAAUUUUUGCACCUGUCGCUGGAAGAGAGCAUGCUGCGCGAACAGCAGUACCUUUUGAGUUCCGCGCACCACAUGCGCGCGCCCGCGACCAGCUACGAGGAAUACCUCCGGCAGGUGGCCGCGUCUGGCUCCCGGAAGCGCGAGCGCGACGGGGGCCCGAGCGACGAGAGCGAUUACCUCUCGACCUAUUUGUUGCAACUGGUGCUGCGGCGACCGCGGUCGCGGGCACGGGCGGUUUUUCUCCUGGAGCGCGCCUUGGAAAACCGGUUGUCAUUAGAGGAGUGGGCGCACAAUUUUGCAGCGCUGAACUUGUCUUACCGGGGUGCCAUCGAGCAAAGUGCGGCCGCCGCGAAACAGGAGGCCGCCACGGCAAGCAAGCAGGCCGCACAGCAGGCGGUCAACGCCGGCGGGGAGGGGAGUUCGGGCGGUGCGGGGAAGAACGGCGAUAGCAAAUCCUCGGAAAAUAAAGGUGGCGCUUCGUCCGCAGCCGAAAACACCGCCGCGUCGGGCAGUGAAGACCCAGCCGGGGGAGGUGCGUCUAGCACCGUGGCAGCGCAGCAGAAGAAGGACAAGACGGUUUCGCUCUCCACCCUGACGUCCCAAUUGCAGGGGAAAACCAUUCUGAGUGAGAAGGACGUUGUUCUAGAGGUUUUCAUGCCCUUCUUCCACCGGUGCUACGGAUCCUCAGCGGAGUUCUUUGUGGAACUACCGCUCGACCACGACGCUUCUGCAGAGGCGCACUCAACAAUUCCUGGGGAUGGCACACCAGCAAAUGGAACACCAGCAAAUACAACGACUGGCGCCAGCGCUACGACGUCGGCGGGCAAGACAAAAGAGCGCCGCUCCUCCUCCACCUCGACCUCGGCUGCGUGGCGAGCCUCGUACCAGCUGGAGCCACGCAACGUGCGCCCGUUGCCAGAGGUAUACGUACGCGGCAAGCCGGAGAGCUGCCCGGGCGUCCCGUGCCUCCGGUGGUCUCGCCCGAGUUCCGAGCUGCAUCGCCGGGAUUUCUACUACAGCACCCCUGAAGCUGCCCCCAGUCCCCUGACCGAUCCGAACGGCGCGUCGUUCGCGCCGCAGCCACGGACUAUGAAAAAAACGAUGAACAACACUGCCCCACCCUUGAUGUCCGCCGUGCCCAUCCCCGGCAAUGCGCCGUACUUGUUGCAGGUGGCGCUGUCGUACCUGAACUCCCUGCUGAACCUCCAGAUUUUGCCGCACCGCAUUCUGCAGUGUUUUCUGUUUGAUCUCUGUGUGUACUUCGAGCAGUUCCAUCUGCUGCAGCAGCUCCUCCACUACCACGUCCUGCUGGACAAUCCCGACCUGUGUCGGCGCCUCGUCAGCCUCGUUCUGCAGUCCACGACGGCGUCAACGUCGAGCCCCUAUCCUACACACGCAAUGCUCCUACACGAUCACGAUUCGGUCGCCCCGUUUGCAGCCUCACCGAACAAAGUAGACAAUAAUCCUGCCUCAACUUCUACAUGUUCCGCGUCGUCCCCUUACGCGAGUUUGAUAAGAGCCUGCUUGAUCUCAGAGGAGGUUCUGUCAUCAGAUCAGCUAUCGUCCUCGAGAAAAGACACCACACCUCCGCCGGCGGACAGCAAAUCCACUGCGAGUCCGGACACGACGGCACAGCACGGCAUUAACGUCGUCGGUUCUUCCGGCGCCGGCUCCAGCAGCACCGGGCUGUUCUUGCUGUUGCCGAACUUGCGAGCGACGGCAAGUAGCGGGUCCUUGAAGAACUACGCGACGGAGCAGCAGGGCACAGCAUCUUGUGAGAACAACCCCUACUCGCCCGCAGUGCUCCAGUACCUGGAGGGGUUGCGGCGGAACCGGCAGUGGCUGACCCAGUCGGCGCUGGACAUGGCGCUGCGGUUCCGCGAUUUCUUCACCGUGGCGGACUGCCUCGUGCUCUCCGAGCAGUUUGUGGACGCCAUUUUUCUGAUCAAGCAAACCCAGCUGGCGACCUACCCGCUGGCGCACCUGCUGGAGCGCGUGUUCCAGCGCAUCCUGGCGCAUCUCGCCCGCGAGUUGGCCGCGGAACCCGAAACUGCGGAGGAGGAGCAAGAUUUCGUGGCGCUGUUGGAAAAGCUCUGCGCCGCUCUCGUCGAGGUGGAGGACGGGGGCGAGUCUCGCGUGCUGCUGAAGGUAUGAUUUUAUGCGGACUUGCUAGUUGCCCGAAGCAACACCAUAAACAGACUUUUGACUCUUCGUUUGUAGCAUUUCGACUGAAGAUUCUCGUCGCUAAAAGCGCACUCUACCUCGAAAUUCUUAAAAACAGGAAAAUGGGGAAAAGUGUCGAAGUCCCGAUCUUUUCCGGUAUGUUGGCGUGUGGCGCAGCUGUUUGCGCGAAAUCUACCUGUGGCAGCAGCAGGCCACGUCGGCGACUGACGAGGAGCCGCUGCUACCGCCCAACAUCUCCGGCUGCGAAGUUUUUGGACUGGUGGCGGCGAACUGACGCGUAGCCAGGAUGGAUGAUGAUCCCGCACCGGGUUCGAUGAUGUUUCAACUCCAAAAAGCGACAAGCGACAACCCUGAGAUGGGAGCAGGAUGGUGAGCGACGUACCUAUAAUACUAGGUACACACGAGGAGGAUCAUGACUACGCGUAUUUUGGUAUUACAUGUCGGCGCAGACGCGCGAUCAUGCGAAGCAAAAA